AUGUCCUUCGGGGCUUUCUGGGUGGCCAUGGCAGCCGCGAUUACAGCUCCGUGGAACUACACGCUGAUUCGCUUCUUCAUUGGUUGCGCUGGAGCCACAUUCGUGACCAAUCAGUUCUGGUGCUCGCUGAUGUUUGCGCCCAACGUUGUCGGCACGGCCAACGCCACCGCGGCCGGUUGGGGCAACCUUGGAGGCGGCGUGACCCAGAUUUUCAUGAUGUCGGUACUUUUCAAUCCUAUGGUGGCAUCCGGGAUGGAGCCAAAUGUCGCUUGGCGUGUCUCCAUGGUGGUGCCGGCGGUCAUGUUCGUGAUUUGUGCCAUCUGCAUGAAGCUCAUGUGCUGGGAUAUGCCUACGGCGCGCAACUAUGAUCCGGCCGUGACCGGAAAGACGCAAAAGCCUUCGAUGUGGGACUAUGUCGAGGUGCUGCGCGACGUUCGUGUCGUGGUCAUGAUCUUCCAAUAUUCCGCAUGUUUCGGCACAGAACUUGCGAUGAACAAUCAGUUGGCUACGCAUUUUCGGACAUACUUCCAGAUGGAUGCAGGUGAUGCCAGCGCCCUGGCGGCUAUCUUCCUAUUCAGCUUCGGAAACGUGGACAACUCCCAGCCUUGGUAUGUGGCCUUGGCAGUCUUGGUCUGCUUCUCGCUCUUUGUGCAGAUGGCUGAGGGCACCUCCUACGGCAUCGUGCCUUUUAUGAAUCGGAAGCAGCUCGCAGUGGUGUCCGCGCUGGUGGGUGCCGGUGGAAACCUCGGGGCAGUGAUUGCAGGCUUCUGCUUUUACAAGCCGAUCCAGGAUGCCUUGCUGCCUUUCCAGGUCCAUGCGGGCUAUGUCAUGUUUUGGGCGCUGCUGAGCCCCUGCUACUACUGGUCCGAGAUGGGUGGGAUGUUCCACGGACCGGCACAGAGCUCCGACAAAGGCAAGACCGAAAGCAACGAGUACCAGUCUCACACGGAGUCUGAGGCCACCAUCUGA